UCUGCGGGAUGGCUGCCGUCGGCCUGCGCUCGGUGGCGGUGCUGCUGGUGGCGGUGGUUUUGGUCGCCUUAGGGGCGGCGUCUCCUCCGCCGAGGCCCGGUGGUCGAGGGCACCUGCAGGAGACCAGAGAUGGGGGUCUGCGGGGAGGAGCUGAGAUUGAGAGAGGAGGAGCUGAGAUCCAGAGAGGAGGGCCGGAGAUCGAGAGGGGAGGAGCUGAAAUCGAGAGAGGAGUAGCGGAGAUCGAGAGAGGAGGGGCUGAAAUCGAGACGGCAGCGAGAAACGACAGGACCAACUCUGCGAGCUCCGAGUCGAGAGAACAUGAAAUGGACGCUCGUGGGACUCAUCUUUCCUUCCCUCAUCUUAACGAGGGACUGAAACUGGCUGGAGAAAAUGACGAUAGGAAACCGAUGGAGGGACCCAAGGCAGAAGCAAAUGACGCUAGGAAACCGCUGGAGGGACCCAAGGCAGAAGCAAAUGACGCUAGGAAACCGAUGGAGGGACCCAAGGCAGAAGCAAAUGACGCUAGGAAACCGUUGGAGGGACCCAAGGCCCACGACUGGGAGGCCCGUCUGGUUGGGCGUUCGGACGACUUGCAGCCCAGAAGGCCAGCUUACGGCACCACAGCGAGGAAGCCAGCGCUCACAGGCUCUGGCCGAAUUUCGAAGGACCCUGCGCGGGAGUCCACACUCGAAGGUCGAGGAGGAGCCGACAUCCAGCCGCGUAUCGAGCUGAAGCCUCACAUCAAGCCUUUCGAUCAGCGCGACUUGGCGGACGAGCCGACCUCGAGAAGCGACUACACCCUCCCCGUCGGGAAACACCAGCUCAAGUCGGACAGCUACCCGAACAACUACGCCGUCAACAAGCUCUCCACGUGGAACCUGCGCCCGCAGAGCGGCACGGCCAGCCUGACGCUGACCUGCUCCGAUUUCCAGCUGGAGGGGCCGGCCUCCUCGCACGGCUGCGUCUGGGACUACCUCACCGUCAACGGGCGGCGGCGCUUCUGCGGCGCGGACGGACCGGCCGCCGUCACCGCCAGCUGGCUGCGCAUCGAGUUCAAGAGCGACGCCACGGUGACGGACCGCGGCUUCAGCUGCGAGGUCGAGGUGCGCGACGGCUGCUGCGGCCGCAGCGGCGCCGGAAACCGCAUCGUCGGCGGCACGGAGGUCAGCCCGGCGCACUCGUUCCCCUGGCAGGUGGGCCUGAUGAACCCCAAGUACGGCACCGGGUUCGUCUUCUGCGGUGGAUCGGUCGUCAACUCGCGGUUCGUCAUGACGGCGGCGCACUGCACGGACGGCCUCCACCCGAUCAACAUCACCGUCGCUGUCGGGCUGCACGAGGUGGGCGGCACGGCCGGCGCGCGCGUCAUCAAGGUCUCCGGUAUCCGGCAGCACUCAGAGUACAACAGCGCGGCAGCGUUCGACCUGGACAUCUCGCUGCUGGAGCUGGCGGAGGAGAUCGCCUUCAGCGACAGAGUCCGGCCCGUGUGCCUGCCGCGCGGCGGCGACCUGUACGCCGGCGUGCCGGCGAUCGUCUCCGGCUGGGGCACGCUGAAGUCGGGCGGCAGUCAGCCGGACGUGCUCCACAGUGUCACCGUACGCACCGUCACCAACGCCGAGUGCGCGGCCGCCUACGGAGCCUCCUCCAUCACCGCGAACAUGCUGUGCGCGGCCGAGUACGGGAAGGACUCGUGUCAGGGUGACUCGGGAGGGCCGCUGGUCAGUAGCGCCGGAGGCCGCGCCACGCAGAUCGGGGUGGUGUCGUUCGGGAAGGGCUGCGCCGUCCCUGGCUAUCCGGGGGUGUAUGUUCGGGUGACGGAGCUGAUGGGGUGGAUCGACAAGACCGCCAUGGACGGAGAGGUCUGCUGAGAGGGCUGGAGGGGCGCCUCGGCGGUCGGCCAGUGAGGACAGAGGCGCCUCAGCAGCCGACGAUAGAGGACAUUUCGCUGGACGGGACGCGAAGUUCUGCUGCGAGGGCCGCAGAGGCGCCUUAGCAAUCGACUAGAAGCCGCACCUAGUUGACUUUGGCUGACCGAAGACGGUAUUCGAUGUGUUGGGUGUGCUCGCAGUCGCUAGUUUGACAGGAGUCGUGCUGUGCUUCCUGUGUGUCUCGUGUCUGUUUGUUUAUGUUGAUUUGCAGUCUGUUACCAAAAUAUAUGUUCAGC